CGCCCCCCCCCGCCGGCGACACUGGCCGAGUUCACCCUCGGCUCCUCCGGGUCCAAAGACUUCUACGACGUAAGCCUGGUCGACGGCUACAACCUCCCCAUGAUCGUGGAAGGCAGUGGCUCCGGCAGCGCAUGCGCCACCACCGGGUGCGUCUCCGACCUGAACCGGAACUGCCCGGCGGAGCUGAGGGUUAAAGGAGGCUCGGCUUGCCGGAGCGCCUGCGAGGCGUUCGGGACGGCGGAGUAUUGCUGCAACGGCGCGUAUGGUUCACCGGACACCUGCAAACCGACAAUGUACUCACAAGUCUUCAAAACAGCUUGUCCGAAAUCUUACAGUUACGCUUACGAUGAUGCCACGAGUACUUUCACCUGCAGUGACGGAGACUACACCAUCACAUUCUGUCCCAACUCCCCCAGUGUGAAGUCCUCGACUGGUCCAUCACCAAAAUACUCAACAGAUUCACCACCUGAACCGACAACAGAUGGGUCUGGUCCAGAGACAGGGUCAGGAACUGAGACGCAGCCCGUGGAAGGGGCUGCAUUGGCCAACUCGUAUCUGGCGGAUCUGGCCAUCGGGGAAUCUAGAACAAACUGCCCGUCUUCUGUCCUGCGCUACACAUUUCCAAUAGCUGUUGCAUUGAUCUUCUGUUGGAUCAACUUUGUAGAUUUGGUUCAGAGUUCCUGAUCCUGUCGGAACAGAGGAUGAUGAUGAUGGCUGCAUUCUGCAUAACCAAAAUCACCGGCAUUCAAAUGGGGAAGCCAGUAGCAUUCAGAGUAAUUCCCAGAUUUCAUAUGUGUAUGCAAAGCAUGUCAUUGGAGGAAAUUCAAUCAGAAAAUUUUGGGCAACCCUGGCUCAUUUUGUAUCAAUUUCUCCUGCAUUAGUGGAAUAUCAUUUAAAACAGUAGAUUGUAGAAACUGAAAGUCCCUUGGUUCCUCUAUAAGCUCCAUGACCAUAAGAGACAUUCUGGA